AUGCGAUAUACCACCAUGGCUCUGUUUCCAGCGUUUGCAGAAACAGCGAUUAAUAAAGCUGAAGAUUCGUCCAAAGAGUUAGAGUGGCUGAAAAAUAAGAGUUUUCAGACCGGGGAUGCCCUCUCCCUUCACAGACGGUUUUUAGAGAAGGACUCAAGUGUAGACAGAGAGGUGAGCUCUGCGGAGGCGGAGAAGGAAAAAGAGGACAAUGCACCCCAAAAAAAGAAGAAGAAGAAGAGUGAAAAGAAGAGGAAAAAGAAGAGAAAACACAAGAAGAAGACUGGGAGGUGUUCAGAUAGCAGUGGGUCUGACUCUGAUACCAUCUACCCCAGUGAUCUCAAAAAGGAAGAAGAGGCAAAUAGGUCACAGGCUGUUUCAGUAGCAAGUCGUUUCUCCUGGUUGGAUGACCUCCAGUCGCCCACAGAGCAUCCGUUCUGUGUGGACCGCAAACCAGACCCAGCCAACUGGACAUAUAAGUCCUUGUACAGAGGAGAUGUAGCAAGGUACAGGAGGAAAGGCAGCUCGUCGUUGGGUCUGGAUCCUCGCAGACAGGGAGUCAGCUGGCAGGAGUCCGAGUCAAAUAAGAAACAGAAAGGCGGGGACAAGAAGAGAGCAGAGGACAGAUAUUUCUCUAGAGUUAGUCGCCAGUUGCUGAGGUCCAAGUCCGCUGCUCCUACAUUACCAACAAAUCCUGAGUGUAGUGAUGUCACCAGCUCCUCCUCCUUCCUCCCUCUGGGUGAUGAUGAGGGCGAGAACAUAGGAGGAGAGACAGGUGACAGAGUGCAGACCUCAUCGGUAAAUCCACUCGGUGUGUAUGACUCCUCCACGGCCCUCUGGCUGCAGGGGAAGGGACAGCAGGACCAGACAGAGCAGCAGAAACAGGACGUACAGACAGGGCAGAGUGCUCUGCUUAUGACCAGGAGGACUGAGGAGUUUAACAGGCAGCUGAGAGAACAGCCAGCAGACACACAGCUAUGGAUAAAAUUCAUACGAUACCAGGAUGAGGUGAGUUCAGCAGAGUUUGGAGGUGAGGAGGAGCAACAGGACAACGAUUCAACUGAGCGCCGCAAGUCUUCCUACCGAGCGGUCCUGGAGAAAAAGCUGAGCAUCGCAGAGCGCGCUGUGGAAACCAACCCCAGCUGCAUCACUCUGCAGCUGGAGAGGCUCAGGAUCUGCCAGGAGCUGUGGGAGCCCUCAGUUCUGGCCAAAGAAUGGAAGAAACUGGUGUUUCUCCACCCAAACAGUGCCCCCCUAUGGAGAGAGUAUCUGCUCUUCACCCAGAGCUACUUCAGCAACUUCACUGUGUCAAAGGUCAACUCUGCCUACGGGAAGUGUCUAAGCACACUGAGCUCUGUGGGGGACGGCAGCAUGGUCUCUCAUCCAGCCCUGCCAGGGACUGAGGAGGAUAUGUUGGAUAUCUUCACCCAACAGUGUCAUUUCCUGCGUCAGUCGGGUCACUCAGAGAAGGCGGUUUCUCUGUUUCAGGCCAUGAUCGACUUUACUUUCUACAAACCUGACAGUGUACGAGAACUGUCCACCAAGCAGCAGGUUGAGUUCUUUGAGCCGUUCUGGGACAGUGGGGAAGCGAGGGUUGGGGAGUUGGGGGCCAGAGGCUGGAAAGCCUGGAUGCUCCAACAAGAACGUGGGGGAUGGCUACAGCCCAGUGCAGAUGACGAAGAGGAGGAGGAAGAGGAUGAGGAGGAGGUGAAGGAUCGGAGCCAGCCCCGAGGAACAGUGUGGCUGGAUGUGGAGGCAUUGCGUGAAGCAGCUCACUGGUUGCCCUGGAGACCUGACAAAGCUAAGGGCCAAUCAGAAGAGGACUGUGAGGACCCAGACAGACAGGUGUUGUUUGAUGACAUCGGUCCAUCCCUGAUUUGUCUGUCCUCACCAGAGCUCCAGCUCUGUCUUCUUCUCCAUUUCUUGUCAUUCCUGGGGCUGCCUGUGGACUCUGUGCUCUCUCCUGCCCCCUGUCAGCCUAGCCUGCUGCUGGAGAACCUGUCUUUGCUCACUCAGGGUAAUGAGCUCCAGUGUCCUCUGAACUCCCACGAUCUACCUGACCGCGGGGUUAACUCUGUAGGUCACAUGACCACUCUUCAGGGAACCAGGAAAUGGGUGGGGCUUGGAAAGCAGGGUGAGAGGUUUGUUACCAAUGUGUUCAAUAUGGUCCAACCUGUCCUUCCUCCCCUCCACCGAGCCGUUCUGUCGCUCAGCUGGAUGCAGUACGAGAAACUCAAGGUCUUGCACUGCCUGCGCAGCGGCAACAAAAAGCGCCUCCGUUCUCAAGGCAAGAGCAGCAAGCGGGUUGCCAAGCGACUGCUCAAAGAACCCGACAACCGCUCCUCAUUGGUGCUGUGGCGGGAGUACGCCCACCUGGAGUGGAUGCUGGGCAACCUUGACGAAGCUCGCAAAGUCUUCUCCACAGCCGCAGCGAUAGGGGGAACCAAGGGGUUGAGUAGCCCCACCCUCUGUGAGCUGUGCCAGCUGUGGUCCCAGCUAGAGGUGGAGGACGGAGCUGCCGUGCGAGGAGGGGGACUUACUGAUGUAACUGCGUCCCCAGCUGUGUUGGUGCUAACCAGGCUAGCAGAAGGAACCUCCUCAUCCUCUUCCUCAUCAUCCCAGGCCCUCUCUCCAGUAUCUAUCCUGAAGGCCAGGAGGUCUUAUGAACAGGCUCUGACAGCCAGCUUGUCAGCACUGGACCAAGUCCUCAGCAACCCUCAGACCAACAGAAAAGGUCAAGAAGACUUACUGGGUGAGAAACUGAGGCUGAGUGGUCUGGUGGGCUGCUACGCUCUGUUCCAGUACCUCACAGUGGGAGUCCAAGCAACCAACGCCGUCUACAGCCAGGCCAGAGAAAAGAUGGAGGAGCUGCAUCGCACACUAACACUUGACAAGCAAUUCAACAGUAAUGAGGAAGCUAACCUUGUGAGCACUGAGGCUAAAAACUCUGCAGCUGAUUGCAGCCAAACCAGCAGGCUCUAUGUCAGUAAACUGGCCUCUGAGUGUCAGAUAUUAGCAGUGCAGCAGGCAGCCCUGCUGAGGUACCACAACAGUAUCAGUGUGUUUCCACUGGCCACACUGAGACAAAUGUUGACCUCUGCUCUUUCAACCUGGCCCAGCAGCGCCCCUCUCUGGAGCAUAUAUGUACAGGUGGAGAACCGUUACCAUAGUGCUGGCCGGGCGCGUCGUUUUUUUCACUCUGUAACCAGGGACAACAGCAGUAUGGUGCCACGCCUCUUUGCCAUUGUUGCUGAACAACAAAGGAAGCAGCUGGUGGACGCUGCUCAGAGGUCUUGUUCCCAUGACGCUGCCUUGCCCAUCCUACCAGAGAAUGGCCUCAGCAACCGUAUCCGUGGACUGUUUGAAAGCGCCAUAGCAACAGAGAAGGGUGCUCGUUGUCCUUUACUUUGGAGGAUGUACAUGCACUUCCUGGUGUCAGAAGGGAAGGUGGAUAAAGCCACAGGGAUCUUCUACAAGGCUUUACAGAAUAUUCCCUGGGUGAAGGGUUUGUACAUGGAUGCAGUCCAGCUGUUCCCUGAGCAUCUGCAGGAGUUUGUAGAUCUGAUGACAGAGAAAGAACUCCGUCUCAGACUGCCUCUAGAAGAGCUGGAUAUACUACUGGAAGACUGAACACACACACACACACACACAGUUGCUGUAUUGAACAGUGAAGUUGCAGUAAUCUUACCUAAAGAUGCACAAAGAGCCAUCGUUUGUACAUAAUAUCUAAAAAUGAUUUAUUUUAACAGCAAAUAGAACUGUGUUUUAGUACCUGACAUUGUCAAUAAAUAUGAUUCUCAUUUGA